AUGGGCCAACUAGUAGUGGGUGGUAAUGGUUCAUUCCCACUCUUAGCGAAUGAAGAUGGUAAUAUUAUUGCAAAAACUCAUAUCGAUAUUGAUUUAUCUGCUUUUGAGCUAAUCGGAAGCAGUCCAAUUGAAAAACGUGAUGACAAUACUGAUUGGUUCAACAUUACUUACAGGGAUACAUCUAACUUAUUCUUCGACAAUUUACUUGACUUAGAAAAGAGAUUGAAUAUUCAUGCUUGUGUAACAUGGGUUGUAGGUGCGGUGAACUGUACUAAUAUCAUUUGGGAAGGUUUGGAAAACAUUUGGGACAUUGCAUUCAAGAUUAAGCAAUUAGCAAAUUCCAAACAGUGUUCUGAAAUCCAUGGCCAACAGAGAGGUAUGUACUAUAGAUAUUGGGUUAGUGGUGGUGAUUGUGGUACAACAGCUGAACAAAAGACAUUUGCCGGUGUUAUCGAUACUGUGCUGCGUAAAUUAGAGGGUGAAUGGGACUGUAACAUUUAUUGUAUUACAAUGACACACGGUGGAACAUGGAUCGGUACUUUAUUAAUUGGUGCUAACGAAAAGGCUCAGUAUGCUAGUUGUGGUGGUCAAUUUAAGGGCUGUUAUGAUGAAGGUUGUGGUGAAUUAACGGGCUGGUACAAUUGUAACAGUUAA